AUGAAUCGCCAGCUACGCUAUAUGUCGACGCUAAAUCACUUGAAACCAGCGGCGAAUCCAGGAGGAGGGUUCGGGGAUGUCACCAGCACACAGUCUCUCGAUGAACAACGCUUUUGGGAAAUAGAAUCAUGUUGGACUACCAGUACCCAAUCCUUAGAAGAAACCGCUUGUGAAAACCACUUUGCCGCAAGUGUAUUUCGAGAUCAGACCGGUCGCUUUGUUGUCACCCUUCCCAAACGAGCUGAAAUUCUAAAUCAACUGGGAUAUUCGAAGGAGAUUGCUACUCGCAGAUUUCGCGCUCUCGAACGCCGUUUUGAUGCUAAUCCUCACCUGAAGGAAGCUUACACGGGUUUUAUUGAUGAAUACCAUCAGCUUAACCACAUGCGGGAGAUCUCAGACAGUGAAGCUUCCGCGCCUAUAGCCUAUUACCUGCCACACCAUGGCGUCGAAAAGGCAGAAAGUACAACAACGAAACAGCGGGUUGUUUUCGACGCCUCAUGCCGCACUGAUACCGGAAUCUCAUUGAACCAGGCUUUCAUGGUGGGCCCAGUCAUCCAAGAUGAUCUGUUGUCGAUUAUUUUACGCUGCGGGUGCAUCGAUAUGUCAUUAUCGCCGACAUCGAAAAGAUGUUUCGCCAAAUACGUGUGCACCCGUCGGAUUACCCACUGCAACGUAUUCUUUGGCGCUGCUCAUCGUCUCAGCCCCUUCGUACUUUCGAACUUACGACAGUGA